GAUUGAGACACCCAGAGAGUGAGAGACCUCGGGAGUAUAUGAAGCCGACUGUUAACUUCAGGCUCUGUUCACCUCGCAAAGGCAGCCUACGUUAGGUAACGAUGAGUACAUCGGAGUCCCUGGAUCGAAUGGAACUCUGUGAAAGCCUGCUGACAUGGAUCCAGACGUUCGGAGUGGAGGCUCCGUGCAAGACAGUAGAAGACUUGACGAGUGGUGUCGUCAUGGCCCAAGCUCUACAGAAAAUAGAUGUAGUGUAUUUCAAUGACGCUUGGAUUAGUAGAAUCAAGCCAGAGGUUGGGGACAACUGGAGGUUAAAGAUCAGCAAUCUAAAGAAAAUUCUGAAAGGCAUCCUAGACUAUAACCAGGAGAUCCUAGGCCAGCACAUUAAUGACUUCAUACUACCAGAUGUUAACCUUAUCGGAGAACACUCUGACGCCGCAGAACUUGGGAGGAUGUUACAACUUAUACUGGGCUGUGCUGUCAACUGUGAACAGAAACAAGAAUACAUCCAAACCAUAAUGAUGAUGGAGGAAUCGGUGCAGCAUGUUGUCAUGACAGCCAUCCAAGAGCUGAUGAGUAAGGAGACUCCAGUGGUGGAAGGAAAUGACUCAUAUGUGGAUCUAGACAGACAGCUGAAGAAGACAGUUGAGGAGCUGAAUGAUGCUUUGGCUACCAAGGAAGAGAUUGCCCAGAGGUGUCGUGAGCUUGACAUGCAGGUGGCAGCCCUGCAAGAAGAGAAGAGCAGCUUGCUCGCAGAAAACCACGUCCUAAUAGAGAGACUUAACCAGACUGAUUCCUUAGAGGAUAUAAACAGCCCCGCUGGACGCAGACACCUCAAGCUGCAGACACAACUGGAGCAAUUACAGGAAGAAACUUUCAGGUUGGAGGCAGCAAAGGACGACUACCGGAUCCGUUGUGAGGAGCUUGAAAAAGAGCUCUUGGAUGUAAAGUCACAGAAUGAAGAGCUUACCUCACUGGCCGAUGAAGCCCAGUCUCUCAAGGAUGAGAUGGAUGUCCUCAGGCAUUCAUCAGACAAAGUGUCAAAGCUGGAGGGCACAGUGGAACACUACAAGAAGAAACUGGAGGAUAUGGGACUUCUUAGGAGACAGAGUAAGCUUUUGGAGGAAAAGAACACAGUGUUAAUGCAGACCAACGUCAGUUUGGAAGAAGAGCUACGUAAGGCUAAUGCUACCAAGGGCCAGCUGGAGACAUACAAGAGACAGGUGGUUGAACUGCAGAACAGACUGUCAGAAGAGUCUAAAAAGGCAGACAAGAUGGAGUUUGAGUACAAACGUGUCAAAGAAAAAGUGGACUCUCUACAAAAAGAAAAAGAUCGUAUGCGGACAGAGAGAGACUCUUUGAAGGAGACUAUUGAGGAGCUACAUUGUGUCCAAGCUCAAGAGGGACAGCUAACAUCAGGUCUGUUCCCAUUGACCAGCAACGAUGGCUCUGAUUCACUGGCUGCUGAAAUCACCACCCCAGAGAUUCGAGAACAUUUGAUUCGUCUUCAGCAUGAGAACAAGAUGUUGAAGCUGGCCCAGGAGGGAUCAGACAAUGAGAAGAUUGCAUUGCUGCAGAGUCUACUGGAGGACGCCAACAGAAGAAAAAAUGAACUGGAGACAGAGAACAGGUUAAUCAAUCAGCGCUUGAUGGAGGAACAGAGUCAGGUAGAGGAGCUACAGAAGUCUCUUCAAGAGCAGGGUUCCAAAGCAGAUGACUCUUCCAUUCUGAAGAAGAAGUACGAGGAACACAUGGAGAAACUUCGAGAGUUGAACAAUGACUUGCUGAAGAAAAAUGCCUUCAUCGAUGAAAUGGAGCCCAAAUACACCGCCAGCUUCCAACGAGUGGAUGAGCUGGAAGAGGCCUUGAAAAAGAAAGAUGAAGACAUGAAACAGAUGGAAGAUAGAUAUAAGAAAUACCUGGAAAAAGCCAAGAGCGUGAUCCGGACCCUGGACCCCAAACAGAACCAGGGUUCAGGUCCAGAGGUUCAAGCUCUGAAGAACCAGCUGCAGGAGAAAGAGAGGAUGUUGCACUCAUUGGAGAAAGAGAUGGACAAGACAAAGAGCCAGAGAGAUUACGAGGAGAAACUGAUUGUGUCAGCCUGGUACAAUAUGGGUAUGUCUAUGCAGAAGAAGGCGGCUGAAGACAGACUUGCUAAUACCGGCUCUGGUCAGUCCUUCCUGGCCCGGCAGAGACAAGCCACCAGCACACGCCGCUCCUACCCAGGCCACGUCCAGCCAGCUACCGCAAGAUCCAUGAGGUAGAGAUGCCAGGCAAGGCUGCCCAAAUCUUGCACCACUUUUAUUCCUGACUAAGCAUAUUUUACCCUGACUCCUGUGAUGGCAGGCUUCUCCCUCUUUUUUCACACCCCAGCAUUAUUUAUAGGGUCUGACUAAUCACUCCAAACACCCUCUCUUCUUCCCUCUCAACCACUGACCUUCCUGAAAGCUGUACUCUGUGGCACACUUUUGCCAGGCAGGUUAUCUGGACCCCAAGACAGAGAAGAAUUGCAUCUUCUCGACAAGUCUUUUUUUGUUGAGAGAAACCGCUCUACCUGUUCAUGCAGUAUUUAUGCACAUCUCUACCUGUGAUAACGUUUGAGGUUCAGCUUGUUUUUUUUUUUGACUGGAGUUGACAGACUUCCUGUCCUGCGUUGUCUCAUUUAACUCUUUAUGAUGUAGCUUUAAGGAGGUUAACAGCAAUUUUCAGUUACAUGUGUCUAACUUGUUCUAUUCAAAUGAAAGAUCAUUUCAGAAAGUUGAUCUUCUGCUGUGUUUUUGUGUUCCGUUUUGUGAAAUGGGAUCGGUAUUGAGCAACAAAUACAUUGAAGUAUAGGAAGAUGUAUAGUCACCAUAUGUAAAUGUUCCAUCUGCUUGAUGAUCUUUAAUAGGAUAUGUGUUUUUUUGGGGGAGGGGGGGAGCAGUUGACUGUCAGCUGGUAACUGUGUAGCAAUAAUUGUGAUUGGUUAUUGUGUCCCAAGAAACAAAGCAAUGUAACUGCUUGAGGUUUUGGAAGUUGUUUCAGAAGGUGCAAUCCACAGCUAGGUAGAUUUUGUGGCAAAUGGGUUUUAGCUUUACCAGCAUUUACCAGGUGCCAUAGUGUUAGAUUUAAAAGUAUGUACCACAGUAUUUGGUCAAUAUUGUCCUUGAAACACUGCAGGAUUGUCCCCCUCACACUAAAGUAGGACAUUGAAGUGGACUAACUUUCUAUGUCAUUUUAGAAUCAGCUGAUUACUGUCUGGUUAAAAGGUGUGUCGAUAAGCACUACACAGUACUUCCCACGUCACUUUAAAUAGGAAUCUUCAAUUGGGGAGCUUGUUGCAACUUUUCCAGUCUUUUCUUUUACACAUUUUUUUUGUCAUUGUUGUAAAGGCACAUCAUGAAUAAUCUCUGGACAUGAUGGACCUUUUAGAAGCCCUGAAUUAACCCUUUAUCUGUUUGUGUAACGGCAGUCUCACCGUUCUCUCUCUUUCUCCUCCCUUAACAGCAAUAUCACUGCAUGACUGGCACACCAGUGAACUGGCCUGGCCUCUCUUUUGGCCUAUGCUGGUCCCCGACGGGGCAAGGCUGAGGCACACGAUGCAUGAACUAUCUGCCUGCCUACUGUUUGCAUGACUUUGCAUUGACUCGAGCCUGCGAAUAACCAGCACACCAGCAGCAGCAUGAGCACUAACAGCCCCUCUGCAGUGUCAUGCAUUGUAACCUCCAGACAAGCCUGAGGGAGGGGCGGGGGUCGGAAAAGAAAACCCUCACCCUCCUUCCUCCCAAUUAAACUCCUUUCCACCUUUCCACACUUCCAGCUCCUUUCUCCUCUUGUUUUUUUUCCUGCCUUCUUUUUUUUUUAUCCUCUUCAUUCUCCUGCCCUCUUCUCCUCCAUCUCUUCUUCUCCCUUACUUAUCACAGACAUGCCUGCUUGUGCUUCCACACUGCAUCAAGUUUGUUACAAUUCAACCUACGUUACAAACACCCAGGACAGGGCCAGAAUAUCGCAGUAUAGUCUGUCAGUCAACCAGUUGAUUUUUGUCUGAUUUGAGUCUUUUCUGUAGUAUUUGUAUAACUUGACGUCGGCGGGCUGUUUCAGGAUACCUCAAUGACAUAUUUCCACAUAUCUGUUUUUAUUUACAUGGUUGGUGGAGAGUUGAUAUCAGUGAGAGAGAAAUAUUUGAGAGGUGUAGCCUGCAAAUCAGUUUGCAUAACUAAAAAGAAAAAGGAGUCAGCUCUCCUUUUAAACUUCUAAGUGUGUAUCUCUUGUGUUUUGGCAAUGUGUCAUCUUUAAAAAAAAAAAUAGCAAUGGUUCUGCCCAGCCUCUCCUCAACAUGUUGCUAGAUGAUAUCUUAGCCGUGCUUUUACCUCAAGUGUUAAUGAGUACAACAAGUUUUUGAGUAAAUGAGAGCUUAUGGGGUAUGACUGUCUUGCCCUGUAGGCUUCUGGACAGUGUGCAGAAGGAGGAUAGGAUGGCAAAAUAAGUGUUUUUAAAUAAAUAACAUUGUUACAGAUAUGGUUUUAUACAGGAUAAAAGCCCCCAUUAAGCCUGAAGUUUUCUUUAGAUGGAACAUGUCAACAUAGCGUCUAUUUCUUGAUAAAAUACAUAUUUAAUACAAAUGUAUAUAGUGUUUCUGGGGUUGAAAAUAUUGUAGUUGACAACUAUGUUGUCCAUGUUAUUUGUCAAAGUAGCAAAUAACCUUUAUUCAGUUGAGCUCUGCUGAUGUUGUUUUUUUCACACAUUUAAUACAUUAUACCUGAACAAAAUGAAUGCUAAAUUUACAGAAUCAUGCCCGAAGGAAUGGAAAAAAAAAAACAGAAUAUGAAACUGUGCAUUAGCUCAUGUAAGCUCAUGCAUAGUACAUUAUCUUAGUCGGAUGGAAAGGGCUAACCAGUUAAAAGAAGUGGGAAGGGAAACAAUUGCAACAAUCCCAAAAUAUCCUGAUGACAGCAGAUCAAACCCUUCAUCAGUACAUGUCAAAAGCUUUCACACCAGGCAGUUCAUAGUAAUCCUGCAUUUGUGUUAGUGUUUCGUUAGGGCAACUUAACAGUAUGGUUGCGUGAAAAUCAUUUUUGGCAUUAAUUCGUUAGUAGAUGUUGACUGCUUAAACACGCAGUGUCAGUGGCAAAGACACAAUAGUAUCAGUGAUAGGGAAACUUAACUUGGUGUUGCUGUAAGUCAUAAUGUAUAUUUUGUGUUGUUUUUUAAUGAACAUCUUAUUUAAAUUUUAUUUCCAGAGCUUAUUAAAA